AUGUGUACUGACCCCCGUGGCAAGCCCAUCAACCCAUCAACGCAGCAGUGGCAAGCCUCGCUCUACCGGCAACAUCGGUCUAUCGUGCCAGAGCAGCACAUCCUUUUAACCUACGAGCACGUCACACUAAACCACUCUACCGCCCGCUCUCUUCACCAGCAAGCCCGCCCUUCUUCCUUGAAGCGAAAUAUCAAGUCCCUAACCAUUUUCACCUCCACUCACCCCGGAUUCGACGUGCUACCGACCGGACCAUCCGUCAUCCGUUAUCCGUCGGCCUUUGUCCGACCCCGAUAG